GCCGAGAAUUCGCCGCCGCCGCCAGCGUCGCGUCGUAUGGAGCACGUGCUGAGCGCGCUACGGUCCCAUGAGUCCAAGAUACGACUGUCCGGUGUCGGUGCCGCCGAUCCGUUCGUAGACGACGAAGGAUGGGAAGACUUGACGUCAGCUCUUGUGGGCUGCCUGACCGACAACAACUCGAAGGUGUCCCAAGGUAGCUUGAAGGUUCUCGCCAAGGUUGUUGCGAGUCCGAGAAAGUCGCCUGAUGCGAUCCGACCAUGGUUUGGACAAGUCUGGGGUUCGCUGAAAGAAAAGAUGGGCGACAGCAAGCUUCCCGUGCGUGAAGCCGCCACGGACCUCUUGCUGGUGUUCAUGGAGAAACUUGGAAUGAGUUCCGUGAUGGAUCGACUCAAGUUGUGCGCCGCUCACAAGAACUGGCGAACUCGCGAGCAGAUUCUGCUCGCCAUGCUUUUGGCCAUGGAACGAUUCCGAGACGAUCCGUAUCGCCUAUGUCUUGAUGGCCUCGUCGACUUGGCACUCAAUCUUCUAGAAGACUCGACCAAGGAAGUUCGAGACGCCAGCAUCAACGUUCUUGAGGCGCUCUACAAAAUCCAAGGCCAUACUCUCCUGAGUGACCUUCAAUCCAAACACAUUCGAAACACACACAUGCGCAUGCUCUUGACGCGGUUUGGUGCCGAUGACCUGAGCAGUUUGACGCUCUCAACCAAGCCGCGGACGUCCCCGCCGGCGUCGUCUCGAUCGAUUCAGUCACAAUCCCCUCCGCGGGUAAUAAAGCCGUCCAAAGCAGGGUCGUCGGUUGCCUCGACUGGUUCGUUGUCACUCUCGCCGUCGUCGUCGAAGCCCAUGUCGACUUCCGUCGGCACCCACGUCAACCCCCUUCCAGCGGCAUUCGGCUCCGCAUUAAACCACGUUGUGUGCAAGUACUCGGAGCGAGAGCUCUUGAUCGAGAUGCAGCAGAUCGCCCAUGGCCUUGCGACCGGGACAGACUGGGCCAAACGCGUCGAUGCGCUGCAACACUUGCAACGGAUCGUGGCCAACGGCGGCGCCCAACUCGCCGUCUUUGUCACGUCGCUGCGGCCGCUGCGAGAGCCCAUCUGCGAACAAGUAAGCGAUCUUCGGUCUACUGUGUCGCGGGAAGCGUGUGCGACGAUCACCACCCUGGCGACAUGCAUGGGGGACGACACAUUCCAUCCGUUUGUCGAAUACUUUGUCGCGGCGCUGUUAAAAGCCACGUUCGUUACGAUUCAAGUCAUUUCGACAUCGGCGGAUGCGUGCUUGAAGAGUAUUGUGCUGAGUGGGCGCGGGUCGGGGUACCCGAAGGCGCUGCCCAAGUUUCUUGAAGGUGCAAAGGCAAGGAAUCAAGUAUUGCGCCUCCACUGUGUCGAGUACUUGACCCUCGCACUGAGCUGUUGGCACGUGAGCGUCCUGGACAAGUACAUCGAUUUGUUGGCGGCGCUCUUGCCUGUCAUUAUUCUCGACGCUCAAGCCGACGUUCGCGCGGCGGCGCGCAAGUGUUUUUGGGCAUUUCACAGCCAAUACGAGACGAGAGCCCUCAACAUCCUGUACAACCAUUUGGACAGCUCCACGCAACGCCGCCUUCAUGACGACAAAGACACAGCAUUGGGUCUGGCUAAAGCUCUCAGUCCGCAAGAUGGCGCAGGUGGUGGCUCUGCUCCUGGUUUGACAUCGUGGUCGCUCCCAUCACGGCAACCAAGCGUGGUCCAGACUCCAAUUCCUCCACCAGUCCCUGCCACAACUUCUCUCAAAGUCGGCGCGCUCCGUGUGCAAAACUCCGAUGCAGCGGCAGCUACCACGACUGUCGCGACCGCAGUGACCGGCGCGGCUCGUGUACUCAACCGCAAGUCGCUUCCAGCGAAGGACCCAGAUGACCCGUCGGCCCCUGUGCGACUGACUGUGCAAGGCCCCCUCCGCGUGCUGAAUCCUUCCCCUGCGCCGCCCGAAAAUGUAGCCACUGCCGCUGUCUCAAUUGGCGCCAAGCGCGUCGAAACCGGUGCCCCAGCAGCAAAACAAUCCUCCGUGGUCACUUUACCAGCAUCUUCGCGGUACGAGCUGCAUUCUGGUCACUCCGACUCAGCUCCACCACCGCCUUCCCAGCCGCCAACGUCGUCGCAGACCCAUGGCAGCUCGAACAAGCAACUCCGAUCCGUGGACGAGAACAAUAUGGAUGACGCGAAGGACGAUAUUGCGGUGGCAGGAUUAUUUGAAAAAGCCGAUGAUUCCUUGUGGCUGACAAGGCUCGAAGCGUUGGAGCGACUCGCCAAGCUCGUGGAGAUGCGCAAUCCAGCCAAUGCACCCAUCGUGACGAGUGCAAAGUUGCCCAAGUUGUUGCAGAAACGCGUCGGCGAUUCGCAUUAUCGCGUCGUGCAAGCGGCAUUGAAAUUGACGCUGGUUGUGUUGACGUCGAGCACCGCUGGAAGGACCUCCUCGACAACAACCACAACAACCCUGUUGCCGUGGAAAACCAUCUUGCCCAAGGUUUUCCUCAAGGCCGUCGACUCCAAAGACUCUGUCCGCGCCGCCGCCAUCGCCGUGCUGGAAGCGUUUGCCGCCAACGUGGAGCCAUCGGCGCUCGCGAUGGCCGUUGUGUCGACCAUGCUCGAUGGAAUCCCAGUCAAAGUCAAAGCCGUGGUGUUUCAAUUCGUCGCCCCGCUCGUCCCCUCGGCAAUCGAUCUGUUUUCCAACGCAACGUUCCUGCGCAGCGUGGUCUUAAAAAUCGUGCUCUUUGUCGAACAAGAUGCAAGCUCGAGUGCGGCAACGACGGCGGCCGUGGGCAGCCUCAUCAAUGCGCUCUAUAAUUGCGUGGGGCCGUCCAUGGCCGCCGUCGAAUCGCAACUGCCUUCCAACAAAGUCAUGUUGUUGCAACGAUACCUGUCGACGAGCUCAGGUGCGAAUACACCGUCGACCGAGCAAGGAGGUGCAACGACGUCGCUAAAGCGCAGCCGACUCGCGUUUGAUGGAGAGACUGGCGCACCGUCACCGUUGCCAAUCAUGCCGCCCCAACAUUCUCCCAGGCACUUGUUCGACAACAAUCUCCACAGCACGAGAUCCGACGCACCGCUUCUACAACGACCCACUGCCGACACCACUCGCAACGAUACCGGACAGGACCGUGCCGACCAAGCACACAUCAAGAGCUCCGAGUUUGAACGGGUUUUGGCAAGGCUAGAGUCCACCCACAACAACGCGAGCCACGACGAUAAGCUCCAUGCAACCGAGUCGGUGGUUGUGCUCUUUCAACAUGCGCCCGACGAUCUUGUCGACGUAUACUUGCCACAGACCAUUCCUGCGCUGCUCGACGUCGCUCUCGAAUGCGGGGGCUCGAUCGAGUUUAACGUGGUUCAAGCGCGAGUGAUGCAGACCAUCCAAACCCUUGUGACCCACCAUGCCCAAACGAUCGCACGGCAUCUCGAACCCAUCGCGGUUCUCGUCCUGGAGAGAUGCAGCGCGUCGCUGACGCCGUCAUCGUUGAUGCUGCGACAUGUAGGCCCAGUACUUUGUGGACAAGACGUUGCAGCUAUGCCUGUCGACCGUCGACGCGUUGGCGCGCCUCCACUUGCUCGUUCCGUUUGUGGUAGCGAGCUCCACGUCGCCGUCGUCGUCGGCAUUGGAUCUCCAAGUCGUGUUGAAAUGCCUCCGCUUGGCCAUGGAGCUUCUGGACAUGCACACCGAGGGCAUGUCGCGGCCGACGUUUGAUAACACGGCAAAAGCUGUCGUCGCCUGCUUGAACCACGCAAACUCUGGGGUGCGCAAGAACGCGGUGGGGUGUUUAGUCGCACUCUACUUUCUCGGCGGCUCCAGUGCCUGUGCUGCGCACGUCGCAACAUUGCCUCCACACCAGCAAAAGCUCAUCGGGUUGUACAUUGACAAGGCCCAGGCACAACAACACAGAGUCGCACACGACGUGGCUGGACCACGCCCCCAUAGAAGCAGUCCACACCCAGCCACAUAACAUGGAGUUGCUAUGACGAGGCCA